AGGACAGGGUUUUCGCCAGCAGAGGGCGUGGUUCUGCCCUCUACUGAGGGCUCAUCUAGUUUUAAGAGGGUGUUGAUUUUACACUUGUUUUCUAGAGGUAAUCAUCAGCUCUCCUAAAUUCGAGAGAGUUGUCCAGUUCAAAAGAUCAUCAAGAUGUAACAUCUUCUGUGAUAAUGAAUUAGAUGGUGUUAGGACAAGAAAUGGGAAUUCACUGUACUGCUGCAGGAGGAGUGAUGGAAGAUUUUAUUUAAAACAUCAGGCCAAAGGUGCCUUUAACUACAGGAUUAUCACAAUUUCCUCAUGCAAAUUUAAAAGCAGUGUAUGUAGAUUACCUUGGAAUUGUGCCCAAAUAUUAUAAAAGCCAUGUAUCAUGCUGUGGUUUUUGGGAGAUUCUUAUUUUUCAGAAACAGAAAUGGUUGCUACUAACACAAUAUGUUCCAGAUAACAGUUGAGAUCACGGAGGAAAACAGAAACGGUUGCUGUUUACACGAUAUGCUGUAUUUGGUUUAACUUUCUGUUUAACGUUAUGUCAUUCACCGCCUUGCCCCCACUCAAUUGUAAACACAAAAACUGGUCCGUCCUCGCCACACAACUUUUUCUUUCUUGCCAAACUCUGCCUCUCUCUGCUGUGAGACUGAUUGUCCAAUCACAUUCUUCCCUUAAAAAAACAACUACAGAGAAAGAGGUUUCCCACACAAUCAGGUGUAGCUUUAUUCAGGAAGUUUGUUAUCUGCACAUCGAUACAUGAUCAGAGGUAAAGUUGGAAGAACACAACAUGAGUUUGUGUCUGGAAUGCGCAUAGCUGGAGAAUACUUUUUAGGUUUAUUUGACACAAUAUAAAACGUUGUUAUUAGCUCUUCUCCUAUCAGAUAUGAGGAUCGCUUCGUUCAACGCACAGCGGUUUGGACUGACAAAGGUCUCAGAUCCAGAAGUCCUGUCAGCUCUGGUUAAGAUUGUGUCUCGAUACGACGUAAUACUUAUUCUGGAGGUGGUGGAUGUGAGUGGAGUUUCUGUUCAACGGUUUAUGACAGAACUCAACAGGGUCAACACAACUCAUCACUACGCUCUGCAGCUCAGUGCACGUCUGGGAAGGAACAGAUACAAGGAACAAUUUCUGUUUGUCUACAGGGAUGAUGUGGUUGACCUAAUCGACUGCUAUCAGUAUGAAGACAACCAGGAGGAUGACAUGGAUGCUUUUGCAAGAGAGCCAUAUAUUCUCUACUUCAAACCUCGCAACACAGUGAUGAAGGAUUUAGUGUUGAUCCCGGUACACACCACGCCAUGGGAUUCGGAGAAGGAGCUGGAUGAGCUGUACGAGGUCUUUCUGGUGGCUAGACACAAAUGGAAAACAGAUCAUAUAAUGAUCCUGGGGGACUUCAAAGCAGAUGGUGCGUAUGUCACAAAAGAAGAUAUGAAGGAGAUCCGUAUCCGCAGCGACAAGAAUUUCCACUGGCUGAUUGGUGAUGACGUGGACACCACUGCAAGAACAACCAAUGAUCACACCUUUGACAGGAUAGUUGUGUAUGGAGAAGACAUGCUGGGAGCCAUUGUGCCAAACUCUGCCAAAGCAUUCAAUUUCCACAAAGAGUUUUCUAUGACAGAAGAAAUGGCCCUGAGAGUGAGCGAUCGCUACCCUGUUGAGGUGGAGUUACGUGGCACUCCUCCUUUCUGGAUGACAACGAGCCUCCAAAGAUGUACAAAUGUUGACACCCCGCAAGCAUCAGUUGACAGAGCUGUCACAGAGACUUUGCAGGACGAUAUGUUGAACCUUCAGAGAGAAAACCUCCUGCUGGAACGAGAAAAACUUCAACUUCAGAUCAGCUUAUUAAAACAGCGGCUUGCUACUCUCAAGUGAAAUGAAGGAUUGUCAAAAAGAUCCCUGGAUUUAAAUUUAAUGGACUUUGGCAGGUGGACAUAGAAUAAUAAGUUAAAAUGAACAUGAUAUGGAAAUGGGGUACUUAAUGUCCUAUUUUAUUUUAUUUUAUUGUAAAUCUUUCUUUUGCUUUAAUUGUAUUUUUUUUCUCUGUCUCUUUCUGGUUGUGUCCAUGUAUAUGUCUUUAACUGUUACAUUGUUCUAAAAUUUCAAUAAAAUUGUUACUUAAA